AUGAACAUCAUAUUGUUUACUCAAAUAAGGAUGAAUAUCUUGUAUUUGCAAUUAUUAAUUUGUAAAGGGGAGAUGAAAGACAACACGAAGCAUGGCAAAGGAGUUUAUAAGUUUGCUAAUGGUAAUCGAUAUGAAGGGGAAUGGCAUUCCAAUCAAAAACAUGGAACUGGAAAAUAUUUUUACAGUAGUGGAGAAUUGUACAUUGGUUAAUGGUAGCGUAACAAGAAAAAUGGAUAUGGACAACAUUUCGGACUUUAUGGCGAUAGAUAUGUAGGAAACUGGCUCAACAAUUGUAAACAUGGACAAGGUACAAUCUAUUAUGCAGAUAACUCAAUUUACUCAGGUGAAUUCCAAGACAAUAAGAAGCAGGGUUCUGGAUAUUUUUACAAUGCAAUCACGAGAUAGCUGAGUUAUUAAUUAUAUGAUAAUGAUAAAUUAAAAGAGUAAAAUACAGUUGAUUAAGUUCCUUGCGAUUUUGAAAAUGUGUUUUCUGCGUUUUUAGUGAUAGAUAAUAAUAAAUUAUAUCUUCAAUCAUUACCCAAUAAUAAACUAAAUGAAACUCACUAGAUUUAGCAGGAAACCUUAUCAGCAUUGAAUGAGAUAGUUACUCUGAAAGGAAAAAAGAAAAUGUAGGAAUGGAAUAUAGAUGAGGUUUGUACUUGGUUAGAUUAUUUAGGAUUAUCUCAAUACUAAGAGAAGUUUAUUAAAAAUCACAUGAUAGGAGAGAUUUUACAUGAUCUAACAGAUGUUGAAUUAAAAGAUGAAUUGGGCAUUGACAUCUCAGCACAUAGAAAUCUCAUACUUAGCAAAUAAAUAUACAUAAGAAAUAUUAUAUCAAAAAAAUGGAAGGGUCAAUCCACAGGGCUGAUAGUGAAAACUCAGGUGAUCAAUCAUCAAAUAUGA